AUGGAUCACUCUCUUGUGUCAAUCAUUUGUGUUUUGAUUCUUGGUUUUUUUUCACAUUGUCUAUGUGAUAGGUUGAAUCUAGUUGGAACAAAUAAUAAUAUAUUUAAUGUGAUGCAAUAUGGUGCUCAUGGCGAUGGCAAAACUGAUGAUGCACAAGCAUUUUUACGUGCAUGGAAUAGCACAUGUGCAGCACAAGGCUCAGCAACACUAGUUAUUCCAGCAAAUAAAAUAUUUUUAGUGACGAACUUAUUAUUCAACGGUGCAUGGAAGGAUACUUCACAUUGGAUUAAUAUCGAAUAUAUAAAUGGUCUUACAAUUGAUGGCACAAACACAGGAGGACUCGACGGCCAUGGUUCUACUUGGUGGCCAUGCAAAACUUGCCCUCGACCAGUAGUCUUGUCUUUCCAUUCAUGCAACAAACUUAAUGUUAACGGUUUGAGGAUCAGUAAUAGUCCAGGAGCUCAUAUAUCAAUAAAUGGUUGCGACGGUGCAACAUUCUCGAAUGUACUAGUUAAUUCUCCUGGAACUAGUCCCAAUACCGAUGGGUUUGACAUUUCUUCAUCCAAGAAUAUCUUGAUAAAAGAUUCAACCAUUCAUGCAGGUGAUGAUUGUAUUGCUAUUAAUGGUGGAUCUUCUUACAUCAAUGCUACUAAUGUUGCCUGUGGACCAGGUCAUGGAAUAAGCAUUGGCAGCCUUGGUAAGGGAAAGUCUCAUGAGGAGGUCGAAGAGGUUCAUGUAAAGAAUUGUAGCUUCACUGAUACUACAAAUGGAGCACGAAUCAAGACAUUUCCUGGUGGAUCAGGUUUUGCAAGGAAGAUUACUUUUGAGCAAAUUCAGCUUACAAAUGUUAAGAAUGCAAUAAUUAUAGACCAACAUUACGGCAUUAAAAUUGAUGCGGGAUUUAGUGGAACUGGUGCUGGUGACUUAGCUAUUAAUCUGAACUGUGAGAGUUGUCUCAACAUUGUAUUGAAUAAAAUUUCUAUUGUUCCAUCUCAACCUAAAACUCAGCUUCAUACUAUUUGCAAAAAUUUCCAUGGAACAAUUACUUCCACUGUUCCAAAAGUCACUUGCAGUUAA